GGCGGGACUUAGGCGCGGUAGCUUUUCCUGGUUGUUUGCUAACAACCUGCAGCUCCUAAUUUCCUCGUUAGCUAUCUGCUGACAUGUUUUAUUUUAAUUUUAUCUCUUUGGAAUAGGUCUGAGGAUGAAGCCGCUUCGUCCCUGAGUUCUGGUCCGCCUCUAUGGUCCGGCUAGCCUUAUGGUGGUGCUGUGGAUCUGUGUCGCGCCGCCUGGGGCCUAGCGGUGUGGCCUUCAGCCGCAGCUGCUGCGAAUUCUACUUGUUUGCUGUCGUGACCUCGUGCUCAAAUCAUGUUUAUUUUCCCGAAAAUGGCGACCAGGAGGACACUGUGAACUAAAUGACUGUCAGAAACAUCGCCUCCAUUUGUAAUAUGGGCACCAAUGCCUCUGCUCUGGAGAAAGACAUCGGCCCGGAGCAGUUCCCGAUCAAUGAACACUACUUUGGACUUGUCAAUUUUGGAAACACAUGCUACUGUAACUCGGUGCUCCAGGCGCUCUACUUCUGCCGGCCAUUCCGUGAGAACGUGCUGGCCUACAAGGCACAGCAGAAGAAGAAGGAGAACCUCCUCACCUGCCUGGCCGACCUCUUCCACUCCAUCGCCACGCAGAAGAAGAAAGUGGGCGUUAUCCCACCCAAGAAGUUCAUCUCGCGUCUGCGCAAGGAGAACGAUCUGUUUGACAACUACAUGCAGCAGGAUGCCCACGAGUUUCUGAACUACCUGCUGAACACAGUGGCCGACAUCCUGCAGGAGGAGAAAAAGCAGGAGAAGCAGAAUGGCCGCCUGAAGAACAACGGCACCGCUGCCACCGCUGCGGUCGAGACGGAGGCAGAGAACAAGACGGAGCCGACUUGGGUUCAUGACAUCUUCCAAGGAACACUCACCAAUGAGACUCGCUGCCUCAACUGUGAAACGGUGAGCAGCAAAGAUGAAGAUUUUUUAGAUCUUUCUGUGGACGUGGAGCAGAACACAUCAAUAACACACUGUCUCAGGGACUUCAGCAACACAGAGACGUUGUGCAGCGAGUACAAGUACUACUGCGAGACAUGCUGCAGCAAGCAGGAGGCUCAGAAACGCAUGCGUGUGAAGAAGCUGCCCAUGAUCCUGGCGCUGCACCUGAAGAGGUUCAAGUACAUGGAGCAGCUCCACCGCUACACCAAGCUGUCCUAUCGAGUGGUCUUCCCUCUGGAGCUCCGCCUGUUCAACACGUCCGGGGAUGCUGUCAACCUGGAUCGCAUGUAUGAUCUGGUGGCAGUGGUGGUCCACUGUGGCAGUGGUCCAAAUAGAGGCCAUUACAUCACCAUUGUGAAGAGUCACGGCUUCUGGCUGCUGUUUGACGAUGACAUCGUGGAGAAAAUAGACGCCCACGCCAUCGAGGAGUUUUAUGGGCUUACCUCAGACAUCUCCAAGAACUCUGAGUCAGGAUACAUCCUCUUCUACCAGUCCAGGGAGUGAGCGAGGCUCCACCAACAGCCCAGACUGGACGUUCUUCCACUUCCCUCCCUACCUGAAAAGUGUGUGCCAACCACUACUUUACUGUCCUCACACCUUUUCACCUGCAUUUGGGCUGCACUUUAUGAGACAAAUCCUCACCCUGCUGGAGGUGGUGGCAUGCUGCUUUCAUUCUACUCUCUCAUUCCCUUCCUCUAAAGUUUGUACACAUUAUUAUUAAUAACAGCAGAAUCACUGUGAGUGCUCCUUCUAAUAUUUAAAUGACCAACACUAAAUGUUGCAAAAUAUUCUGUAGCACUUUUUCUCUAUUUAUGUAGCUUAACUUAUUUAUUGCUCUCAUGGCUGUGUUUUCCACUUAGAGUUGUCACAGUUCAGUUGCUGCAACUUUCUUUUCUGGUUUUUAGGUUACUACCAUCUACCGAGAUUCUUUGUGCAUUUGAGCGGUAUUAGUGCCCGAUAUCAAACUUAAAAUAUGCUGUUCGUAGCUUAACAGCACCUGUUGUAGGCUAGACUGUUUAGGCUGUUGGGAUGCAGCAACAGUCACUAUUUGCACUUUUUUUAUGAGGAUUACCGUAUUGACUCCAAUAUAAGACAACCCCUAUUUUUCAAGAGACAUUUUUGAGAAAAUAUUUAAGACAAAACGAAAGACUAAACGGUUUUCCAAUGUCAGUGAAAUAACUGGUAAUUGCAAUCAUUUUGCAGCUCGAAUUUAUGAUGCCACAACCUUUUUAGAAAUAGUUUAGCGCCACCUGUUGGUUUGCAUGUAUAAAUCAUCUGUAAGCCCCCAAUAUAAGACCACCUGUCGUUUCAGACCUUUGUAUUUUUUUUGUAGGGAGAAAAAUACUGUCUUGCAUUAGGGUCAAUAUGGUAACUCUUUCCACCACUUCCUGUACAGCCAUGGCUGCGGUAUUCAAGGUCAGUGAGAAUUUGCAGCUCUUUAGAGCAUUAAAACGGCACCUAUUUAUUUUUGAAAGAAAAUCUUAAGUAGUGCAAUAAGAGGUGAAAUGCAGUGUGGAGUUCCCCACUGAGAUGUUGCAUACGAUGCAUUUACUGACACACCUCUUUUAUGUUGUCUGUCCGCUUCUGACGGUCUAUUUGUCACAUCAGUUUGUCUUCAUCUACUCAUAUUUUUGUUCCCUCACUCCAAUAACUUGAACUGUUUGUGUGUGUGUGUUUGUGUGUGCACACGAUUCCUUACGCAUUGAAGCCCCUGUGUGCUAAAUAUUCAUGUUAAUAUAAUUAUUUCCUAGUUGCAGUGUCUUGUCAAACAGGAAAUUAGCAUUUCAAACGCAUCCUGUCUGUGAAUAGUGGGACACACGUGUGUGUGCGCGUGCGUGCGUGUGGGUGUGUCAUUUUAACACGUGUCCUAAAUGACUCAUGUUUGUCAACAGGACAAAAGUGCCAAACUGAAGUUGAUGUGGACCCUGUAAUACAAUGUUUUAUUUUCCUUGUAGAUAAAGAUUAUUCUGUAGAAAAACGUCUUUGGAAAUGACAUAUUUUUUUAAAGAUGUAAAAAAAUAAAAUAAAAUACGUGGCUUCUGACAGGUGUGAGUGGUUUAGGUGGGGGGAAAAAGAUGUCUUCCAUUUGCCAUCUAUGCACUUGCUGGUGACUCUUACUGUGAUUGUGGCCAGCACAGAGCGCCACCUGCUGGAGGAGAAGAUGAUAGCGUGUGAUUGGCUGCAAUGUAAAAAAUAAAAAAGUGCACUUUGUUAGUGAUAUGAAACCGUGGUAGCACUCUCACUGUGUUCUCAAUAAAAGUGACCAUCCGUGACCGUGUCUCUCGUGUU